UUUCACACCUACAGAAAAAAUGUAGAGGACUUCACUGGACCUAGAGAAAGAAGUGAUCUGGGAUUCAUCAACUUUGAUAUAACAGCGGAUCUAGAGAAUAUAUUUGAUUGGAAUGUUAAGCAGUUGUUUCUUUAUUUAUCAGCAGAAUAUUCAACAAAAAAUAAUGCUCUGAACCAGGUUGUCCUUUGGGACAAGAUUGUUCUGAGAGGAGAUAAUCCGAAGCUGCUGUUGAAAGACAUGAAAACAAAAUACUUUUUCUUUGACGAUGGAAAUGGUCUCAAGGGCAACAGGAAUGUCACCCUCACCCUGUCCUGGAACGUGGUACCGAAUGCUGGGAUUCUACCUCUUGUGACGGGAUCGGGACACGUUUCUGUCCCAUUUCCAGAUACAUAUGAAAUCAUGAAGAGUUAUUAAAUUAUUCUGAAUCUGAAACAGCAUAUUUUUAUACUUAGUGGAUUGGAUCUCAUUUAUGUCUUCCCUUGCAUCUCUCUUUGUUUUUGGUUGUUAAUUUAAAAUUUUUUUUUUUGUAUAAGAACUAACAUCGAAAGGUAUAUUUGAAGAGAAAGGUUAACGUGCUGCUUAAACUUGAUUUUACAGUCAAAAUAAACAAAAAAAGAAGUCCACCAGAGUGGAGUAUUGUAAGGGUAAGAAAACUGAACAGGAUUUGUGAAAGUUCA